AUGGGAAAGACCGCGCGGUCGAUGAUGUUCGGGGAGCGCGACGUGGACGCGCUCCUGGAGACGCACGCGGGGCGGAUCGCGGCGCUGACGGACGCGCUGCAUCUCGCGCGCGCGAAGAGCGAGCACUCCUCCCCGGUCGGCGCGGGGACGCCGUACGAUUCGAUCUGGGCGCUCAGGUUCGUCCUGUCGCACGACGACGACGCGGAGGCGCUGAGCGCGGCGACGCGCACGCUGAGAUGGAGGGAAGAGAACGCGGAGAUGCUCGCGGCCGCGGCGAGAGGCGAGACGCUCGAGAGGUUCGCCCCCAUGGAGCGGCUCAUCGCGGCGGACUAUCACGGGAAAACGCUGGACGGCGCGCCGGUGUACAUCAUCCGCGCGGGGCUCAGUAACACCAUGGCGGUGAUGGCGGCGAACAAAGAGGACGACGUCGUGGAGUUCAUGAUGUACAGAAAGGAAAUGGGCGCGGUGAUGUGCGACGAGCGCACGCGGCGGACGCGGAAGCUCACGAAACUCCUCACGGUGAACGACCUGAACUUCGUCUCCGUCCUCCACGGCACGGACAAGAAGUUCCAGAAAGUCUUGAGCCGCGCGAGCAAGCUCUCCGAAGAUUACUACCCGCAGCUGUUGGACCGCGCGGUGCUCAUCAACGUGCCGUACGUCUUCAGCGCCAUCUGGGGGGUGUUCAAGAAUAUGCUUAGCGCGAAGACGCGCGCGAAGGUUGCGAUAUGCCCCGUCUCGGACACGCGCAAGGGCGACGUCCGGAAGUGCCCGUUCGCGAAACUUCUCGACCUCUCGACGAUCCCGUCGUUUCUCGCGGGCGAGUGCCGAUGCAAAGGCGGCUGCGUCCGCGGCGUCGCGAACGACCAGAAAACCCUCAUAGGCGCGAUGACCGACGACGGACUGAUCGCGCACAACGUCCCCGCGCGAGGGAAGAUCGACGUCUUCGCGGAGGUGGACGCGACGGACGCCGUCGCGUGGCGGCUGCUCGUGGAGAAGGGCGGCGUGGAGGUCACCGCGACGCUGAGACCGGCGGGGUGGAGAAAAGGCGACGACGUCUCGAAGUGCACGACGUUGAUUCGGAAGUUUAAGCACCGGGACGGGGACGGGACGAAGGAGGACGUGAUCGUGUCCCCGGGGAAAGGAACGAUCGCGUUCACGUUUAGCAACGCGCACAGCACGUGGAACAGCAAAGACAUCAAGUACAGCGUGGACGUCGUCGGGGGCGAAUCCGGAGCGGCGAAAGAGGGGGAGAAGGAGACAGAGACGGAUCCGACGGAUCUGACGGAUCUGACUGAUCUGACGGAGGACAAGCGCGAAUCUCCGGCGGCGGACGCGCUGGGCGAGGACUUGCGCGCGAUGCAACUAGAGGCGACGCCGGCGCGAGCGCAGACGGAGGUUCCGAGUCGCUGA